AUGUAUUUCACCUAUGGUCUCGCGGCUUUGGCCGGCCUUGCUCAAGCAUGGCCAACGUCAGAAUCACAGCAUCUAGCGCCUCGCGCUGUGAGCUAUGUGGACUCGGAAACAGGAUUCACGUUCUCCGAGACCAAGGCAGCUGCAACACUCAGCUCCAACAUCAUCUACCGCAUAGCGCAACCUGCCAAUGUUCCAGCAGGUCAGCCCUACGACGUAGUGCUCCAAGUUGUUGCGCCCAACUCUCUCGGCUGGGUCGGUCUUGCUUGGGGUGGUAGUAUGAUCCGUAACCCUCUCACGGUCGCAUAUCCUAACGGCCAAAAACCCACUGUAUCUUCACGAUGGGCCACCGGCCACUCCACGCCUCAACAAUAUCCCUCUGCAACUUACACGCCUUUGACCACUGGCAACAAGUCAAACAACACACACUGGCAAUACACCGUCAAAUGUACUGGCUGCACUACGUACACCGGCUCAUCCGGUACUGUACGCAUUGACCCCAGCGGUAGCAAACGUCUUGGUUUUGCCUGCGCGCAGGGAAAAGUGUCGAACCCGUCUUCGACUAGCGCAACGAUUCCGGUGCAUGAUGUGUACAACUACAUCACGCAUGACUUCUCCGCGGGUGCAAACCAGAAUUUUCAAGCUUUGUUGAGCAAGAACGGGGUUGCGAGCACGGGAGAGACAGGGAAUAUCACAGAGAAAAUCUAG